AUGUCGCAAAAUGAAAUUCUAGAGAAUAUAGAAGGCGAGGUAAAUAAUAUGAACAAAACUGUUAAGGGCUUACGUGAUCAAAUCGAUAACAAUGAAGAGGUAAUAAAUGUCAAGAACGGAGAAAUUAGAAGACAAAGUGCAGUAGUCAAGGAACAAGCUAACAAAAUUGGCAAUUUGACAGAAGAUAUUACAGAGUUGCAAAGUAAAAUCGCCAUCAGUGAUCAAAGCCAAAUUCUAAUGAAUUUAGAAAGCGAGUUAAUGAGGCAAAUCCAAACCAAAGAUGAUGAAAAGACUUGGAUUACUAUUCAAAAACGGUUUGACGGCUCUGAAAACUUCAACCGAAAGUGGGCCGAUUAUAAGAAGGGAUUCGGGGACCCAAGUGGAGAAUUUUUUAUCGGUCUAGAUAUAAUACAUGCCAUGACGCAUUCACGACCACACGAGCUUAUGAUAAAGCUUGAGAUGAUUAAUGGAAGCACGGGCUAUGCUCACUACGAUCAUUUCGAAAUUGGGAACGAAAAAGAGUAUUUCGAACUAAAAUCGCUGGGAAAAUGCACUGGUACAGCCGGUGAUUCACUCUCAGAAACAGGACUUCACCUUAAGUUCAGCACCCUAGAUAGGGAUAAUGACUUAAGCUCUUCAAAUUGCGCUGAAUCUCACGGUGGUGGCUGGUGGUAUAAACACUGUUCACAGAGUAUGCUAAAUGGAGAAUACAAAAAAGAUGGCCGACGAAAAUUGAGCCAUACCUACGGUAUUCAUUGGGGAACCUUUCAAAACAAUGACUGGUCGAUCUCGUUGACCUUUGCUGAAAUGAUGAUUAGAGCCAAAAGGGAUUCGGAUAAGAAUGUGUAACAGAUUUGGACUUUCAGAAU